AUGGGUAAGGGCAAGCCUAGAGGAUUGAACGCCGCUCGCAAGCUGCGCCUUCACCGUAAGGACCAGCGCUGGGCCGAUCUUGGCUACAAGAAGCGUGCCCUGGGUACCGCCUUCAAGUCCUCGCCGUUCGGUGGUUCCUCCCACGCCAAGGGCAUCGUCCUCGAGAAGGUCGGUGUCGAGGCCAAGCAGCCCAACUCCGCCAUCCGAAAGUGUGUGCGUGUCCAGCUCAUCAAGAACGGAAAGAAGGUCACUGCUUUCGUCCCCAACGACGGUUGCUUGAACUUCGUCGACGAGAACGACGAAGUCCUCCUUGCCGGUUUCGGUCGCAAGGGCAAGGCCAAGGGUGAUAUUCCUGGUGUGCGUUUCAAGGUCGUCAAGGUGUCCGGUGUCGGUCUCUUGGCUCUGUGGAAGGAGAAGAAGGAGAAGCCCAGAUCAUAG